AUGAAGCCAAGGACAGAGGAAGGCUCUGGCCAGGUGCUCCGAGUUCUCUCCCUUGGAAAAGUGGGCAGCGUUGUCCAGGCAACAGGUAGUCUCGGAAUUCGCGGAACCCUCCACCUGCGGCCGGGUUUCCGGGCGGACAAGCUCCCGCAAUGUUAUAAUUUAAUUGAAAGUUACAUGUCAGUGCAUUUUCCCCCAAGAUAUAUCCCUAAGAAUGACUCGCUUCUUGCUUAUUCAUAUAAAACUUUGAACCAAGAAUUCUUUCUUCCAGAGCGAAAACGCUUUGCUCCAAAACCCAAACAAGGAGUUACGAGUUUCGCUACGCCCCUGGUCCCCAAGUUAUCCGGCAAAUUCCACAUUGCGCAUACUCCGAGAGGCACAGCUAGUCCGAAGAUUUCAAAGCCUGGUCCAAAACCAAGCCGCAGCCCUCCGCGGAGGAGUUGGGAAGGAAUUUCAAGACCCGGUGCAACCGUGACUGGAGCGACCCGAGCCGACCUGAAUAGGGUAGAAAGGGCCUGUUCCUGGCACAAGAUUGGGUGGUGGUCUGCAAAAUGCUGUUGUGACUGCGUUCAUCGUGGAGUCCUGUACGUUGCUGAAGACGGCUCAGAGGUGGUAGACGUCUUCCAUUUGUGCCUGCGCUCUCCAGAAAAUACCCUCAUCAGUAGUGGGUGGGAAAGAACCCUUGCCCACGUCCCCAAGGAUGGAGACCCCUCCCCGAAUAAGGUGUUCCCAAAAGAGAGCUUAAGCCUGUGCAGCGCAGAAUAGAAUUGUCAAGGAUGGAAGCUCCGGGUUCAACUUGGAUUCAGAUCUCAACUCCACCUCUGGUGACCGUCCUCAAAUUUCCAAACCUCUCUUUACUCUGUACUAGUUCCCUAGGAACUGGGAAUGAUGAUAAUCAUUAUCCUGUAAACCUGGGUAAAAUAUAAGACCUGUUUCCUUUCCAUCCUAAGCCCUCCUGCUAAUGCUUAUUAUAUGCCGUAUUCUCACACUGCAUUAUUGCUAUGACUGCGUUUAUUACACUUAAGCAGACAAAACCUGUGACCCUGACAGUAGUAUUACAACAGAUUGUUUGAUCUCUGCUUGGCAUGUCUUUUAAGUGACUGGAGCAGACAUUUCUGUACAUUUUAAAUGAUUUUGUUUUCAUUCUG